UCCUCGCCCUUGUCCUUUCCCUAGCUCCUCAGCCCUGGGCUGUCAACACCUGCAUCAUGCCUAGCGCCACGGGCUCGAACUGGGAGAAGUACCAGAAGAACUUCGCGGAUGACGAAGAGCCGGAGAAGAAGAUUACACCCCUCACAGAGAGUGACAUCGCAGUACUCAAAACCUACGGUGCCGCCCCCUACGCAAACGCCCUCAAGAAGCUCGAGAAGGACAUCAAGGACAAACAAGCAAGUGUCAAUGAGAAGAUCGGCGUGAAGGAAUCCGACACCGGUCUCGCACCUCCACACCUUUGGGAUGUCGCCGCCGACCGACAACGGAUGGCCGAAGAGCAGCCUCUCCAGGUUGCUCGUUGCACAAAGAUUAUUCAGGAUGAGAAGGACUCCGACAAGAGCAAAUAUGUCAUCAACGUGAAACAGAUCGCCAAGUUCGUUGUCAACCUAGGAGAGCGUGUCAGUCCGACAGAUAUCGAGGAAGGCAUGCGAGUUGGUGUCGACCGGAAUAAGUACCAGAUCAUGCUACCACUCCCACCUAAGAUCGACCCCAGUGUGACGAUGAUGACGGUCGAGGAUAAGCCAGAUGUUACAUACGGUGAUGUUGGUGGAUGCAAAGAGCAGAUCGAAAAGCUACGAGAAGUCGUCGAGAUGCCAUUGCUAUCACCAGAGCGAUUCGUGAACCUCGGUAUUGAUCCCCCCAAGGGUGCUCUGCUCUACGGUCCUCCGGGUACCGGUAAGACUCUCUGUGCCCGUGCCGUUGCCAACCGGACGGACGCGACUUUCAUCCGUGUGAUUGGUAGCGAGUUGGUACAGAAAUACGUUGGAGAGGGUGCUCGAAUGGUCCGUGAGUUGUUCGAAAUGGCUCGCACGAAGAAGGCUUGCAUUAUCUUCUUCGACGAAAUUGAUGCUGUCGGUGGUGCUCGUUUCGAUGACGGUGCUGGUGGUGAUAACGAAGUCCAGCGUACUAUGCUGGAACUGAUUACGCAGCUGGACGGUUUCGAUGCUCGUGGUAACAUCAAGGUGAUGUUCGCCACUAACCGUCCUUCUACUCUGGACCCGGCGCUGAUGCGUCCCGGUCGUAUCGAUCGUAAGAUCGAGUUCUCAUUGCCCGACGUCGAGGGACGUGCCAACAUUCUGCGCAUUCACGCCAAGAGCAUGUCCGUCGAGCGGGAUAUCCGAUGGGAACUGAUCUCCCGCCUCUGCCCCAACGCAACCGGUGCAGAGCUGCGCAGUGUCGCAACCGAGGCUGGUAUGUUUGCCAUUCGGGCACGGAGAAAGGUGGCUACGGAGAAGGACUUUUUGGCAUCGGUGGAGAAGGUCAUCAAGGGCAACCUCAAGUUCAACUCGACGGCGACGUACAUGCAGUACAACUAG